AUUUUUCUAAGUACCCCACCCCAACUCUCCUCUCUUGUCCUCUUCCUUUACAUUUCUCUCUCUCCAAACCCUUCUUCCAUUAGCACUCAUCACUCUUCACCACCAUUCCCUCCUCCUCCACAAUGUUCGCCCUCCGCUCAUUCUUCUGCCAAUUCUUCUCAUUCUUCAUCCUCCUCUUCCACCUUGGCUGUUUCACCUUCUCUCCCCACCACCACCAUCACUACCGCCGCCGCCGUGAUUGUUCCUCCUCUCUCUUCAAGAAGAAACUCGCCCCGCAGAAAACAACCCUCUUUUCUUUCCUGAGAAAUCUCUUCUCCUCCUCCUCCUCCAGGCCCAUUUCACAGCCUGUAGUACCCUCGAUCCCGUCGCCGUCUUCCUCCACGCGGUCAUUGCGCCUGAACCCCCCUGUCAUCGUCCCCCUCGCAUCAACAGAAGAGACCAACCAUGCAAACGUCUUUCGUGUCGCUCACAUCUUCCCCUGCUCUGUCUGCGGUGAGAUCUUCCAGAGCUCCACUCUUCUCGAACAGCACCAGUCCACAAAGCACGCAGUUUCCGAGCUCGUCGACGGAGAAAACAUUGUCCGGAUUAUAUUCAAAAUGGGUUGGCCCGACAAGACGAAGAGCCCGACUAUCCAUCGGAUCCUCAAGAUCCACAACACCCCCAAGAUUGUCGCCCGGUUUGAAGAGUACAGGGAGUGCGUCAAGUCGAGAGCAGCAGCUAAAAUCAAGACGCUCAGGGAUGAGAGGUGCAUUGCUGACGGCAAUGAGCUGCUGAGAUUUUACUGCACCACCUUCAUAUGCGACCUGGAUUCCAGCAUCUGUAACCAGCAAUACUGCAGCGCCUGCGGGAUUAUCAGGAGUGGAUUCUCACCCAAGAUGGACGGAAUCUCCACGCUGCCGACGAGCUGGAGGGCACACGUCGCCAUCCCGGAGGACCUGGAGGAGGAGUUCAGCUUCAUGCACGUAAAACGAGCCCUGCUCGUUUGUCGGGUCAUUGCAGGCCGGGUCGGCUGCGACCCGGGUCUAGCAGACAAGGAGGAUCCGGGGUUCGAUUCUUUGGUGGGUCAUCAAGGCAGUGGAGGGUUCGAGGAUGAGCUGGUGGUGUAUAAUCCAAGGGCUGUCCUUCCCUGCUUUGUGAUCGUGUACACUGUGUGAUCAGACAACGUUUCAAGAACAAUUCAGCGACUUCAUCGAAAUCGCAACUGUUGUACAGUGAAGAUGUGGUCUUAAAGUUUUCUUACAGUUCAUCAGCAAAAUCAAGAAUUUCAUAAGUGUGCUGCUAAAAUAGUUUACAUAUAUAUAUUUUUUGAGGUUAGUGGAAUGGUCACGAAAUGAGUGCUUAAUUGCAAUGUUGUGUGUGUGAUGUAAAGUUAGAUAUGAACUGUUAUUAAAGCUUUUUGUGGCUUUUGCGGAGUAGACUUUGGUUAAAGUACUUAA